AUGGAAGCCAACGAUGGCUUUCUGGAUGAAACCAGUACCAUUGAACGACACAUAGCGCAGCCUGUUGCUGGGCGUACUCCGACUCAGCUCAAACAGCUCAUGCACGCCUUCAUCCGAGAGACAUACCUGGACGAGUACGAGAUUCCACACCUCCAGCGCGGUACCUUCCUAGCUGCAGCUCCUUAUCACUACAGAAAGCGCGAAUCCCAGGCACCUAGCGAGGGCAACAAGCAGCCUUCUAUUGCUACACGGCCAGAUUUGGCAGCUGACCAUGCAGUACUUGUCAAUGAGAAGGAACACAAGUGGCUGACGCUUGAGAGAGAGGACGAGGAGACGGGCAACUUCUUCACCAGGCUGAAGUCUUACCCACGCUCAACGUAUCUGGUCAUUGUUUGUUGCUCACUCGGGGCCAUCGUACAGGGCUUUGAUGAAACUGCCGUCAAUGCAGCUCAGGUGUUCUAUAGCCUAGCCUUUCGUGACACCAGCCAGGGGAAAACCAUCGCUGAGCUCCCUGUACUCUUGGGUCUUGUCAACUCUGCUCCAUACCUUAUGAGCGCCAUUUCCUGCCUGUGA